CACUUUUUAUGGUAAUAAAUUAACUGAAAUAAUAUAAAACUUCAAUCCACAUUAUUUAAGUACCAAAAGGUUGAGAACAAAUACCAAAUGAAGGGAGCAACAGUAAAAAAUAUCACAAAAACUAGAAGCCGCUUUGGGGCUAUUGGGCACAAAUGCAUAACACCGCCAUUCAUAAGUGAGGAAACGAGACGAACUGGUGGACAGGAGAAAACGUCUGCAAGCACGAGAGAGUGAGGGAGAUUGCAUUCCAAAGAAGCAUUAUGUCGGUGCGCCCGCGCAGUCCUCGGCACGCCGGACCGCCGCUCACUGAAUCCGACGCAGCGUAACCGAGAGCCCGCGUGUCGCUGCUCACGCGCAGUUGCCUCUCGUGACAACACUACAUAUUAUACAGGGAAUUCUGCAAUCGAUAAUUCAACGAUCAGUGCCGGUGACGUCACAGUGCCCGUUCCCAUAGUGAUCGAUCAGUGAAGUGCUUAUGUGUGCGCUGGACUAUAGAAGAACCGAAGAUACUUUCACUGGGCUGAAAGUUGCAAAUUAUUCUUUCGGAGAACUUCUUUCAAACGGAAACUGUUGAUGUGCAAACAGCGAUCAGAAUGCCAGUUAUGUGAUCAACAGACGAUAUUCGAAGGGCAAGAUGUCACCGGUAUGCCACAACUUCGUCCAGAAUGCGUGGAAGAAAGAUUUCUGCUCGAACUGUUUCAAAUCGCGAGAAGAACACGUUAAAAACGAGAAAGUAACAGAGGGCAGUAAAUAUUUAGCGACGCCAUUCCAAAACAGAGGUGCAUUCUUCAAAAAAACACCACCGAGCAUACUAAAGAUUCAUCCAAAGAAAAAGGGUAAACGAAAUGUAAGGUUUCCUGAGGAAGUAUGUAGCGUUAUUGGUUUCGGAGGUGAUGAUUGGUCUGAUGGGGAAGAAUUUGAAAUUUCUGAGGAAAAUGAAGAUGAUGAUAUAUUCCCGGACACCGAAGAAGAGAGGGAACUUUAUAAAAUCACAAAGUCUAAUACAGACUUUAAUACAGUUAAAGCUAACUUAUUAGGAGAAUCAGUAGCCAAAUCGUAUACUUCGCUGUUAUUAGGAAAAAUGCAAACUGAUUCUGAUGGCAAAAAGAAAACUUUAUUAGUAUCAGUAACUCCUUUCGGACAAGACAAUAAGAGUCCAACUAUAAAGUCCCACGUUCGCAAACCCGCCGUUCAUUUAGCAGAACCAUCAUCUGAAAAUUCCUCGAAUGGUUACAAAACUAACAUAGUUCUUUCGUCAUAUAUUAAAGAAACGGAAACUGUUAUCUGUGCUGAAAAUUCUACAGGUAAUAUACUAUGUACAGAAAAAUCUCUACUCGAAGAAAUAUCAGAAACAUUAGGACACAAAUAUAAUAGAGACUCGAAUUUAACAAAAGAAUCAACAAAACCUACAGUUAUUGAGGAGAAAAUGAAGGAAAGCAUGCAAGAUGAAAUUGAGAAAAAAGACAAUAAUGAAAUAAGAAAGAAUAGUAUCGUUAGAAAAUCACCACUUACAAAAACGCAAGAUAGACCUAAAGUAAAUCUUAGUCGAUCAGAGUUCAAAUUUUGUAAGAUUAAUAUUGAAAACAGUAGCGUUGAUUCAGCUGUUAGUACUUUAAACUCUACUGCAAAUACUUCAUUAGCUUCAGAUGAUGAAAGCUUUAGUGGGCGAACAGACUCAGAUAAUGAUGACAGUGGCCAUUUCUCAGAAACACAUAAAAAUGAAGAAACUGUUAAAAUUAAAGUAUUCAAUGAGAGUGAUAAAAACAUUAAAAUGUCCCCGAUUGGACAAAUCAGGAAAGUGGAUGGACAAGCUAGCACUGGUUAUUCGACAUUCCAAAGUCCAAUAAUCGAUUUGCCUCCGAUAUUGCCUAAACAGCCCGAUACCAUUUUCUCAGCUGAAGCUAGUCGUGAAUUAGCUGGUGAACCUGAUGGCCGAGCUGAUCCUGAUGAAACUAGUGAAGCUCCGGCUUUACCUCAAACUCCAAUUCCUCCAAUGGAUCCUCGACCAUCAUUUCUACAUGGUAUGAUAACUGAUAUAAUACCUUCUUCUAAACCAGCCUUACCAGAAAAACCAAAGUUGCCGGUCAAACCAUUAAUUAAACAAAGUACUAAAAAACCUACAGUCAACACACAUCAUCAACAAAUAGCUAUGCAUAUACAACAUACAAUGAAAAAUGAUGAAGACAAAGUUAUUAAAAUAAGCGAAGAAAAAAAUAAUGAAAUAAAUGAAGUACAUGAAGAUAAACCGGAAUCAAUUUAUUAUGCUAAGCCAGUAUUAACAAAACAAGAUAGCGAUACGUCAUUAAACAGUCUUAGUAAACGUAAAGCUCCAACUCCACCAUCAUCGCCUUCAGUUGAAGAAUAUUCCAGUAACUUGUACCAAAGAAAUCAUAGCGGUUUCGUUAAAUCCGAUUCUCCUGUUGUAAGGGAAAUGGAAAAAAGAGAAAGAGCUACAAUGUUAUCACCUAAAAUAAAACCUGUAGAAGAUGUAAAUAAAAAAACUGAAUCUGUUCCGGAACCAGCACCACGUCGGAAUAUAUCCCUUUCUCAUGACAACUUACUUCUCGAUGAGAAACGGAAAGGCAAACUGAAAUUCUCAAUAAAGAAGUUACUUCGUAUAGGAUCAUCGAAAGAUUUGGAUAAAAAAGAAUUGAGUGUCGCCCCAAUAGCAAAAUUACCCAGCAAAACGGAGGAGAUUUACGAUUUAACACCAAAACCUAAACCUCGGCUUGUUAUUAUACAUCCUUUGGACAUAAAUGGGUCGUCUGUCGAGGUAGUGAAAUCAAAUUGCGAAAUCUCAGAUUUAAGAAGAAUGAGUCAUGACGAUAAUUCUUCAAUAUAUAGUGGAAGUAGCUCUGCAACUGAUGUAGAGACACUAAAAGUUAUAAAUAAACCUCCACCUCCUCCAAGACAUUCUAGUGAGGAACACAAGACUGUAUCCAACGUGCCAAAACCAGCUCGACCACCACCUCCAAAAUCUGCUUCUUUACAAAAAAAGCAAAAACAACAAGCCUGGGCUACUGCGCCGAGCAAAACUGAUAAUAUUUAUGCAAAUUUAGGAGAAAUCAGAUCAGCGUUAGCACCAAGAAAGCCAGAGCGCACCGCGAGUAUGCGUGAACGAGAAGCACAUUUAGAAUUACCGAAACGUAGAACGUCAAUAGACGACGACAAGGACGAAAUCGAUGACGGUCCGCAAGAAAUUGUGCAAGCUACAAACGAAACAGUCAUACAUAAUUAUGAUGACGUAUAUAAUUCUGCUAAAUAUGAGGAAGAAAAUUGUGAUUCAGCUAAGAAUAGCGACAGUGAUUAUGAAUAUGUGAACCAUGCUCGAUCUAGUUCACCAGAAUGUGACACUGCUAUAAAAGCAAGUGAAAGCACUUCAGUAAAUAGAAUAGAAACAAGAAAGGUAGAAACUGAAUCUUCUGAAUUUCCUAAAUACAACAAUGGAAUGUUUAAUCGGUCGUCUCUCCCUUAUUGUGGCAGUGAAACAGAAUCUGAAAUUUAUUCGCCCUACAGUUUCUAUAGUUCGAAUGACACUAUGGACAGUCCUGGGAAUGAAGACUAUCAAAACGAAAUGUCUUCUAAAAAUACUACAAACAAGUUACGAGUGAGAAAGGGACGGAGCGUUGUGCACAAAAACUUAGAAGACAACUAUGGUGCUGUCGUUAUUGCAAAUCAUGAAGCUCUCGCCCAAGUUUUAGAACAGGUCCAACAAAGUGCAACUAUGCUGCCAUCUCUCAGAGGUUUGAAAGCUUGCACCAACCUACGAUGGAACGAUUUUGCAAUCCAAUCAUCUGCGAAGAAUAGCUUUGUUAAAGCUGGAAAACGGGUUUUCUACCCCGCCAUAUGGAGUUCCAACCAAGGACCAGUAAAUGUUACCCUAAUGCUGUACAAAGAACAGAUGGCUUCACAAAUGGUUUGCCAACAAUCAGUACAACCACAGACCUUGAGUUUGAAUGCCAUAACUGAAUUUUGCGACUUAGUACCGUUACAACAAUUUGGUGAGGAAGGCGAAGACUUAGUACAAGCCACCAUUGUCGUCUUAGCACAAGCUCAAGUGGACACCAUCCAAUCAUACGGCGAGAAUCUCCACGCAGCCGAAGGUCUCAGCACCAAGGAAUAUCAGUUAGUGCAGACUGAACAGAUCCACGAGGCUAUCUUCAUGAUGCUUCAACUCAUAAAUGGACUGAAGUGUCUCCAAGCGCGAGGUCUCGAAGAGAUACCAGAGAGUUUGUCGUCCUUUAUAGCCUUGAAGGAAAUGCAGCCUCUGGUAUCACACGGGAGUACCCUCAAUUUGCCAUCGCCUGAUGAUAGACUCAAUUCAUUAUGGGCUCCAAAAACUAAUUGUUAUGGACGACUUUGCAUAUUACAAGGAUUGAGCGAAGAGAUCAACUGCAAAUCGGCAGAGGAGGAACAUCUCAAUUCUCUAUGUAAAUGUGCUAUCAAAGCCCUCGAGAUCCUGCUACCGGGAGAGAAGCUCACGCCUCUACUGAAGGAAGUGCUCCAGGAAGAACGGGCCGUAUCCUUGAACCAGGCAAAGUCCGUACUGGAGUUCAUGUUAUGGGGCCCCUUAGAUGUGGUCCAGGGUGUUCCAGUGGAUGAGAGGGAGUUGUCUCUGCAGAGGUGGUUGGACUUGGAGAGGGCGACGGUGUUACACGGGCUAGUGAGGACCAGGGUCCACCUGAAUGUCUUCGAGCAACUCCACCUGAUGUUCUUAGUGCGUUCAACGGCGAAAGUCAUGUGUGACGCAUCGGUUCUUCUGGAGAAAGCCAAUGUAUAUUGACUUGUAAAAAUCUAAGCUUUACUCGAUUAAGUUUAUGUGUAUCGUUAGUUUUUGAUGUAGACAUUAACCCUCUUCUUCAUACAAAUGUUAAAUCCCUCAGAAACCUAUUUUAGCUAUUGAACUGUUUUGUCUCUUUCUUGUGUGUUAAAUUCCCAAUUUGCAUGAAAGAGAAAAAAUAUUAUGGUCAAAAUAGGUUUGUAGGUGAUUUUAUUUUUAAUGAAUGAUUUUGAGCUACUUUUAGCAUCUACAUAUACUUUAGUAUAUUUGAAAACAGUUUUUUUUUGUAAUAAAUCUCUUUAUGUGGCCAAAUACAAUGAUGUUCUACAUCACGAAAUGUUCAAUGAUUUCACAAUUUCAUUGAGUCUGUUAUUUAAGUUAGAAUUAUAGCUUUAAGUUUUGGGCACCUGAAUAAUUACGUAUAGGUCCUUAAAACAAAUUGUUCCAUCGUUAUUUUAUUUAUACAUUAAAAAAUAUUAUUUUAAUUGUAUAAUAAUAUUCUGCAAUUUAUUAUAAUCUUCUGCAUCGUAAAUUAUUUUAAUCAAGUCUAGUUUUUUUUUUUUAUUUUUAUGAACAGUGUUUUGAAAACAAUAGUGUCUCUAAAUUAUAUUUAUUGUGAUUAAUUAUUAAUUACUGUCAGUAGACAGAGCAUAAAAGAUACAAUUCAUGUGUUUAAUUACAUUGAACUUUAAAUCAAUAUCAUAUGGUUUAGUUUGUCGGUAUUUUAUACAAUUUAUAACCCUUGAAAAGGGGCAUAUAUACUCUCUGCUGGGGUGAUGACCAGACGAUUCUGGAGUGGGCACGACCCCUCUAAAUAUGCCUAUAGUGGCCCCACCGUCAACAUCGUUAUCGAAAAUUGGUUAAAAUGAGAAUUAUUUAAAAGAUUCCUACCUAUACAUAUAUAACAUAGACGUAAUACUAUAGUGCUUAGAAAUGGCAGUGUGUUCUGUGACGUCCAUGUUGCUGUUCAAGUCUAUAGACAGCGGUUACCACUUUCCAUCAGGAUCACAGCUUAUAAAAAAAAAAAAUGAAAUACUGUUAUUCUACAAAGGAAAAUACAAUAAAUUAGACUAUAUUAGGACCUGUCAUUACCUAUAUAUAGUUAAAUACUAUUCCUAGUGACUGCCAAUAGUUGGAGAUUGGGGUCGAUUCUAAAACGUAACCUCUUUACUUAAUGUUUUAAUUCGAUAGUUUCACGAAUUUACUGUUUAUAAACCAUCAUUAACUAAAAUUUAUGAUAAUUUUGACUUAAACCCAUUAGAAAUAUAGUUCAUAUUGGUCUUUACAAUAAAGAU